GCUAGCCUCAGCAGAUUAGCGCGGAGCACCGAGUAAACACCGGCAGCCUCAGCGCUCCGUAGCCGGGCAGACACGCUCCGUAGCCGGGCAAAGACGCUCCGUAGCCGGGCAGACACGCUCCGUGGCCGGGCAGACACGCUCCGUGGCCGGGCAGAGACUCUCCGUGGCCGGGGUGAGACUCUCCGUGGCCGGGCAGACACGCUCCGUGGCCGAGGAGAGAAGCUCCGUAGCCGGGCAGAGAAGCUCCGUAGCCGGACAGAGACGCUCCGUGGCCGGGGUGAGACUCUCCGUGGCCGGGGUGAGACUCUCCGUGGCCUGGCAGAGACGCUCCGUGGCCGGGCAGAGACGCUCCGUGGCCGGGCAGAGACGCUCCGUAGCCGGGCAGAGACGCUCUGUGGCCGGCUCUGGGCCGAGCCUCUGCCGGGAUGGAUGUGAGUUAACAGCGGGACUGGACUGCUUCUCUCCGCGGGUCAGCUCCAGCAGCAGCCGGUCCUCCCGGGCCCGGAGCCUGGGAUGCUGCGGACCGGAGGGCCGGUCCACUACCCGUUAGGCCGUUAACCGGAGACACAGGAUGGAUAUGUGCAGCAGGAACAUGAACCGUACUGCUCCUGUGGGUGAUGACGCGGCUCAGAGAGCAGACGUGCCUCUCUGCUCUCGGACUAACGGAUGGAGCUGGCCUCCUCAUCCCUUCCAGCUGCUCGCAUGGAUGCUCUACUUAUACUUCGCUGUCACGGCACUGGGAGUCUUUGUUCCACUGCUGCCCCCUCAUUGGAUCCCUGCUGGGUACAUCUGUACGGGCAUCCUGUUCGUGUGUCACCUGUGUGUUCACAUCAUGGCCGUCUCCAUCGACCCUGCCGACCACAGCGUCAGAUCAAAGAGCCACCGAGGACCAAUCCCUGCCUUCGACCGCUCCAAGCACACACACGUCAUCGAGAACUGUCACUGCUACCUGUGUCAGGUAGACGUGGGACCGAAGUCUAAACAUUGCAGUUCUUGUAACAAAUGUGUCGCCAACUUUGAUCAUCACUGCCGCUGGCUCAAUAACUGUGUAGGCAGCAGGAACUACAAGUUGUUCCUCCACAGUGUGAUCUCAGCUCUACUCGGUGUCUCUCUGGUUCUCGUCGUCUCUUCGUACGUUUUCAUCGAAUUCUUUGUGGAUCCAAACAAACUGCGCUCUGACAAACACUUCCUGGGUAGGAAUGAGACAGGUGUGUGGUUCCUCUUCCUCCCGGUGGCUCCUAUCAGCUCAACAGCAGCAGUGAUUCCGUCUCUUGCUGCCAUCACCGUUGCUCUCGCUCUGCUGUCGUCUGUGCUGCUGACUCACCUGCUCUGCUUCCACAUCUACCUGAUGUGGAACAGACUCAGUACAUAUGAGUACAUUGUGCGUCAGCGCCACCGUCAGGACAGCAGGAAACCUGCAGCAGUGAAGGAAGCUGCAUCAGUCAACUUCAUCAAGGAUGGGAACUACUCGGGGCCGCUGGGUUACACCAACCCUCAGCUGGACGUGGAGGAGCCGGCUGCUGUGGCGAGGGAGGCAGAGUUCCUGGCUAACGGCAGGGUCAGAGGUGUGUCCAGUUCACUUGUGGAGGAAGAAACCACAACUACCAUCUCUACAGAGCUGAAAGCAGCUCACACACACCGACACACACAGAAAAAGAAGAAGAAGGUCCGUAAAGUUCCAGUAGAGGAGAGCAGAGAGCGCUGCCCGAGUGCCGCUCCGCCCCCAGCAGAGUCCACCAGUGUGUCCACGGUGUCUCUGGGUCAGCGGCUUCCCUUCCCAGUGUUCCCACUGCGGGCCUCUCUGCCCCCCCUCGCCCCCAUCCAGGCCGCCGCCCCCCCAGCCGAGUACCACUCCGACUCUGCCGAGUCUCUGGAUGAGAUCCCGGUGGCGUUGGCCAAACUGGGGUCCUCGUCCUCCGCCGGAGACGCCUCCUCGUCCUCUCGCAGAGCCAUGGCGGUGCUCCCCCCGCCGUCCCCCCAGCCCAGGACUAACAGGAAGUCUGCCUCCGCCCGCUGCAGUAAGAGCGUGGCGGAGCUGAGCUUUGAGAUGGCGUCCAGUCAGCCGCUCGCCGUGUUCGUCAGCCGCUCCAGCAGAGAGACUUCAGACCUGCGGGAGGAAGGCCUGAACCUGGGCCGCAGGCAGGCCAGCUCCAGGUCUGGGUCCAGACCGGGGUCCAGGUCUGGGUCCAGGCCAGGGUCCAGACCGGGGUCCAGGUCUGGGUCAAGACCAGAGUCCAGGGGGGAGCGAUGACAUCACUGAACUGUUUUUGUAUCUGUGAAUAUUUAUUUUUAUUUUUGAUGAUUUUUUAACUUUGAGGCCAAACGUUGAGCUUCAGCACAACUUUAUACGUAGACACGUUUAUACAACUCCCAGCAUGCAACACUUCCUGCAUUUAUUAUCAGUGAGUCUAUAAACAGGUAAUAAAGGGUUAAUAACACUGUUUAUUAAUUAAUAAACACUUAAAAUCUUCUUAUAAUUACAUUAUAGUGAGUUAUAAACCAGUUAUUAACCCUUUAUAUUCUUAUUAAUGAUAAAUGAGGGAAUUAAAGUGUAAAUUAAAAUAUAAACUAAAUUAAUAAAUUACAACAACAUGUUUUUAGUGGAGUUGAUUUUAAUAGUUGUAGAUUCAUUUUCACUCUGCCCAGAAUGUGGCGCUGUUCCUUUAAGCAGCUCUUUGUUUACACACAUUUCCUGUCUCUGCAGCGCCUCCCGCAGGACGUUUUACAUGUUUAUCAAUGAA